UAUUUGGCGCCAUUUGUGCGAGUAGAUACUAGAGAGCGGUGGUAUUAGGCGCUCUUUUUGAAUUGUGUUCGAAAUAUCGUUUUUCUAAAAACUUUUAUCUUUCCGUAAAUGGGUAUAUUUUACGUGAGGACAUGUCUUACUGCGUAUUGUCUGUCGAGCUGAUUACACCUACACGUUUUGCUUUGCCUGUUCUUUUCUGUCGGCUAUAGCUAACGCGCCAGUCUGGACGACUGUCCGUGAGCAGUUAUUUAUUUAUAUUUUUAUAAUGAAUUUUAGUUUUAGCCGGCGACAUUGUGCAGUAUGAGCGAAGUAAUUUCUUGUCUGCCAGCUUGCUAAAUUUUUGGUUAGUCCGCAUGUUACCUGAAGGCUAGUCGUAUAACAAUAGGCGGCUAAACGGUUGUCAUUUGGUUCUUUGCUGUCUUUGGGAAAUGAAAAUGUAUAGCUGAUACAGUUCGGUUUCUUACCGUGUAGCUGUCAUAGCACUUACAUUCCCUCUGCAAAAUUGAAGCGGUAUGGCUGGGGCCGUUGCUAUGGCGUCUGUAAUUGAAGAUUUUGACACACAGCCCUGCAAGAAACAAAGAAAAGAUGGGGAUACUACUUCCGUUAAACCAAUUACUAACUACUUUCAGCCCAUGUCAAAAACUACAGAGAAGGUGUUCUCACCCCCCAAGUCCAGCUCUAUCACAGAUUAUUUCAGAAAGACCCCACCUGCUUUGGAGAAGAGCAGCAUGUCCGAGCAGAGCAAAGAGAAUGGGCAGAAGCAGCGGGAGGCUACCAGCCACACAGAAACCCCCACAAGACCAGCCAAGGCUCAGAGGUUCAGGAAGGGCAGGAAGCCAGGCAAGGCACUUGCUUUCAGCAAACAGGCUCAGGGCGACUGCAUGGAGGUCAUCUCACUUUCAGAAUCCAGCUGUUCCAACAUGGAGACGGCGCCCCUGGAAGAAGCAGGGAUGGCUCCGGCCCUCCUGGGCAGCGAGACUGCGGCCCUCCUGGCUCAGGUCAGCAUGGAGGCAUUUGAUGGAGAAAAGAGCCCCCCCAUGGAGAGCUCAGCAGCGACAGAUAAGCAUCCCAAAAAGUGCCUCCAAGAGACUACCAGAAAAAGGCCCUCUGGAAAGAAGAACCUGAGGGGCAGUUCAGGCUGCUCUUUGGAGUCCCAGGAGGAAUGUGGCAAGAUGAGCAAUGGAGAAGGUGGGGUUCAGUCUCCAAGGUCAUGUGACGUCACCACGGAGGUGGAUAACGCCACUGGUCUGAAUGGCGGAACCAUUACAAUCUCGUUUGAGGACUUCCUUCAGAGUCAAAUUGAAGAGGAUGCUGUCAGUCCUAAGGACACUGAAAAAGAUGCACAGGUGCAGUCUGUGGCUGCUUCUGCUCAGGGCGAUCCUCAACAAGUGUCCCCACGUACCCUUACAAUUCAGGCAGAAGUCCACCCUGUCUCAAAUGCACCCGAGCUGGUAAUGAACACCAAGAAGAGGCUGGCAUCCAUAUUCACUAGGAGACAGACACAAGAGCAUGUCAAGAGGAUAGUGGAAGGUUCAAACUCCCCACAGGAAAAGUCUGAGUCCCUUCCAGCUCCCAGGCGGAAGUCCAAUGUGGUCCUGCGUGAGGAGGAUCUGGAGCUGGCUGUCAUUGAGCCUGGUGCCACCACCAAAUGCAGUCAGGCUGAAAGAAAGCAGUUCAUGAAUGCCUUCAGGCAGCCUGGCCAAGAAACUGGCAAAACUAGCAAACCCAAAAAGGGUCCUAGCAGACAGGAGACAGCAGUGGAAAGAGCUGCUGAGGUCCAGGAAGAUCCACCGACCAAUGUGGAGGCUACAAAUGAGGAAGAAGGCCAGACUUCUACGUCCAAGCCGCUGGGAGAUGAGAAGCCGGGGAGGAAGGGAGGCAGCAGGCUCAGGAGAGCAAGCAAGAAGAACGCAGAAGAACCUCCACCUGUCCCAGCUCUAGAGGAGAAGCCAUCAGUGGGAACUGAGGGAAAGGACGAUCGACUCGACCCGGCUGGCGAUGGCAGUAACACACCUGCUGGGACCACACCGAUGCGAAGGUCCACCAGGGGCCGACCUCAGCAGAUGACCCCAGAGCAGAAGGUAACCAUGCAGGCUCCCCUAACCAGGAGCCGAGAGAGACUACAAAGGCAGCGGCUGCCUGAGAAAGCCUCUCAGGGGAACUCUUCACCGGCGGUCACGCCUAAGACACACCGGUUCAUUCGCAGUGUGUACAGGGCCGAGAUGCUCUCACCUCCAGAUGACAAGGGAAGCCCCAUCAGGAUGAGAAUCCAGCGUGUGUUCAUGGACUCUGAACCUAAAUCUGCUGAUGGGAGUGACUAUGAAAUAUUAAGUCCUGUAGCUACUAAGGCUGCUGCACCCAAGACCAGAAAACAGGCCAGAAAGCUAUUCCACAAAGCUCAAGCUCUCCAGCAGAAUAAAAAGACGGGUGAUGUGGACGACAAAGGCUCAGUACGGCGCUCCCUGAGAAAUCGGGACCUGAAGACCACCAACUGUGAGGAUGAGGACUCUGUGGUGUGUCUGGAAGAUGAUGAGGAGGGGGAGGGGCCUGUCCUGGCUGCGAAGGUCGAAGGUGAAAAACAGCUGCGUACUGUGAAUGAAGUGCUGGGAAAGGCUGCCCCUAUUGGCAAGGAGGCUCGGGGUUGUGCAGCUUCCAAAGUGGCGCCUGUAUUUCUCAUGAAAAAGGGACAGAAGCCAUCGGCGGUCAUCUCAGUUUUUGACGAUAGCAGUCGCGAAGGCUCGGAGAACUCGCAGGACGACGAGCAGUUCAAAGCCCGCAGGGAGUUCCUAAAGAGUGGCCUCCCUGAAUCCUUCAGGAAGCAGCUCGCCAGGAGCGCAGCCAGUCAGGAAGCCUACUCUGCAGCCUGCGCCUCCUUCCAGGCCGUGGUCCACGUACAGCAGAAGCCCCAGGAUUGUGCGAUUUGGAGUCUGCCGUGGCCUGGGUCAGCAUUGUUAAAACACCUAGAGAUGUGUUGUCUGGAGCCCCCCAAGCCCAUUCUGUCGCCUGGACAGCUUGGUUACACCAAGACCCUUCCUGCGCUGAGAGCCCACAAAGACCAGGGCCCCGGCUGGAGGGAGGAUUUGUCAGAGCAGGUCCGCAACUGUCUGCUUGAGGAAGUGAGGGCGUCCAACCCUCUAUUUCCAGUCCGGAGGUUCUUUACCUGGUUCCACAAAAAGCGUGCCAACCAUCUGCUACAGUGCAUGGCCUCAGACUCGGAUGAAAGUCCGACUGCUCCCAGUAUUCCGGCUCCCUCCAAGGCCGCGGGCAAGAAGAGGAAGCACAGGGUGGAGGAAGAAGGUGGAGAGGGGCUGUCCAAGCGGCGGCGGUCCAGCCGGGGACAGCCCAUCGUGAUUGAGGACAGUCCCCCAGCUGUGAGCGAGAGUGCUGGGGCGUCCUCAGAGUUGCAAGGGAGAGGCCGGCUGAGUCGAGCUCAGCGGCAGAGGAAGGAUGAUGGAAAGACACCUGCUGAAAAUGUCCCUUUAAUUGUGCUUGAUACACCAGAACCACCAGGGAAUUCUGGGAAAGGAGGCUGUGUGAAGGAGGAUGUGCUGUGGACGGAGAAAUACCAGCCGCAGCACUCCAGUGAGGUCAUCGGGAACUCCGCUGCAGUAAAAAAACUGCACAGCUGGUUAAAGGACUGGAAGCUGAGGGCGGACCGGGAGGAGAAGAGGAAUCGGAAGGAGAGGAAACAGGAGGAUGACAGCUGCGACUCCUGGGACUCCGGCGACUUCCGCGGGGAGGAGGAACCAAGCGAGGAGCAGUUGUGUAACACGCUACUGAUCACGGGCCCCUCGGGAGUGGGCAAGACGGCGGCGGUGUACGCCUGCGCUCAGGAGCUGGGCUUCAAGGUGUUUGAAGUAAACGCCUCCUCCCAGCGCAGUGGCCGUCAGAUCCUGUCCCAGCUAAAGGAGGCCACCCAGUCCCACCAGGUGGACAUCCAGGGGACUGGGAUCUUCAAGCCGUCUUUCUUCAACAGCUCCAGUGCCGGGUCCGUCCGAUGCGGCACAUCCCCGAGGAAGAGAAACUCUCCCAGAAAGGUGGUCUCCUCUCCCAGAAAACCUCCCCAGUCCCCCAGGGGUGCAGCAUCCAGAAGGGGCGGUCUGGCUCCCACCACACUGGCUGAUUUCUUCAAGGUGGCCAGACCCAAGGGCAAGAACCCUGACAGUCAGGCAGUGUGUCCACAGAAUGCUCGUGUUCGGGUUGCCGGGAAAGCAAAAGAGGGGAUUUCGUCCAGCAAACCAGCGGCGUCUAAGAAGGAGCCUACAGCAGAGGAGCAGAGCAAGAAAACAGCCACCUCGCUUAUUCUGUUUGAGGAGGUUGAUGUCAUAUUUGAAGAUGACUCAGGAUUCCUUGCUGCUAUUAAAACAUUUAUGAGUACAACCAAGAGGCCGGUGAUCUUGACCACCAGCGAUCCCACGUUUAGCACCAUGUUUGAUGGACAGUUUGAGGAAAUCCAUUUCGAAACUCCAUCAGCGGUGAACGUUAGAACCUACCUGCAGCUGGUGUGCCUGGCGGAGAACGUGCGGACUGAUGCCGGUGACCUGUCCUCCCUGCUGCGCUGGACAGGCUGCGACGUGCGGCAGAGCCUGCUGCAGCUGCAGUUCUGGGUGCGCAGUGGUGGGGGGCAUCCGGCCCCCCGGCCGUUUCUGGCUCCGCCCCCCGAAAGCGCAGUUCCAGGUGAUUCUGGUUCGGCUGUGGAUAAAGAGGAACCGGCCAAGAAUGUAGACCCGCCAGCUGACCUGCCUCCCUGUGACACCAGCUGCACCGAAAGCCUGUUAGGCCUUUUAAACAUCGAACCUGCACUGGACCUCCAGCAUCUGUGCAAGUGUAAGUCAUCUACUGAACCAGAGAGCCAAAGAUUCUGGGAGGUGCUGUCAGAUAGUUGGGGAAGGGGAGUAGACCUCCUUUACUCCAACAUGGAGCACCUCCUGCCCCUGCCAACCAGUACCUUGAGAAGCCGUGGCCCCAAUCCUCCAAAGGUACCUGACCCGGCGCCACAAGAGGAGGCAGGGCUGAGACGACAGCACCCGUGGCUCGACGACCUGAGUGACGAGAGCCCUGUGAAGGUCUCCUCCAGCAGCAAGAGGAGGAAGGUCCGCUCAGGCCAAGUUGCCGUUGUGUCGGACGUGGACUCUGAUGACGGAUUCCUCUCGCUUUGUGAACCCUCUCAAAAGGCACCCUCAAAUUCGGAGGAAACGUCCCAGUCAGAAGCUGCUAGAGAAAAGGCUCCGAAGUAUUUAAGGGCUGGGGCAAGGGCGGAGCGCUCGCCGUCAGAACAGAAGGCUGAUGAACUCGUAUCAAGCUGUCUGGACUCCCUGGCUGGAUUCCUGGAUCACAUGUCCUUCCUGGACUCUGCAUUGGCUCGCACAGAACUGGAGAGCACCUUCCGGGGGGGAGCUCUCAGCUGGACGGGGGCUGGAGUGAAGAACGGUCUGAUGGACGAACCAAGAAUGGAGCCUGUAGUUGGUGUUGAAGGAAGGAGCUUGGCGGAGAUCAGGGCCACCGUGGAGGCUGUGAGCUUCCAGCAGUGCCGGGCAGGAGUCGAGCGGGUGUGGACGGACGCCCAGGAGCUAGAGCAGGAGGCAAGGGAGGAGGUCUUCGGGAGGCUCAGCUUGCCUGUGGCCCCACACAGACAGGGCUUCAGCCUUGGUCACACCGGAUCCUGUGAGCCAAGUGUGGCCAAGAAGCGCUCUGAGGUCCUGAGGGCAGUUUCCAGCCGAAUGUUUGGCAUUCUGGGUAAUAAGCCUGCCGCAGCCGUGGAUUACCUGCCCAUGCUCCGCACCAUCUGCAGGUCGGAGAGGCUGAAGGAGCAGGGAAAAAUCAAGCGCAGGUUCUUGCACUACCUAGAUGGCAUUCAUCUUAACCUCCCCAGGAACACAAUUCAGCACCUGGCAGAGGACUUCCCCUGAGAGGGUUACAUCUUCCAGGACUCUGGUGCUCCAUCACAAACUGUGUAGUAGCUUAAACAGAAUAUUUUAUACAUCCUGUUUCAUUGCUGUGAGUUUGUACAUUUUAAAGCAGCUAACCAUUUGUCAACAUGUAUUUUUGUACUAUGCUUUAGAUUUUGAAAAAGUUUUAAAGAAAUAAAUUUACAUUUAUGUUAUGAA